AUGGCGCAGUCAGUGAAGAAUUAGCAGUCUGGGAGCUAUUUAAAGACCCUACAUGUGCAAGAGAGCGUUGUAGCCGUGGUCAAAGUGCUUAAGCCGGAGUGACGGGAUCGCUAAAGCAGUUUCAGACGUAUCUAAACGUUGUUAUUUUACCGUGUAACGCCCUUAUCUUGACAUUACUUGACGUUUGCAUAAGGAUGAUCUCGGUGAGCAGCGUGUGCAGACCCAGACCCGUGCUCCGCUGUACCAGACUGCUGCUGCAAACCUCUGCGACCUCCAGAAUGCCCGUCCAGGUUGGUGAGAAACUUCCCGCUGUGGAAGUGCAUGAGGGAGAGCCAGGAAAUAAGGUGGCAAUGGAUCAGCUCUUUAAAGGGAAAAAGGGGGUUCUCUUUGCUGUACCUGGAGCUUUUACACCUGGCUGCUCCAAGACCCACCUCCCGGGUUUCGUGCAGCAGGCUGGUGACUUGAAAGGCAAGGGUAUAGAAGAGGUCGCAUGCAUCUCCAUCAAUGAUGCUUUUGUAAUGGCCGCAUGGGGGAAGGAGCAUGGAGCAGAGGGAAAGGUUCGAAUGCUGGCUGAUCCAACUGGAGCAUUUACUAAGGCUGUUGACCUGUUACUUGACAGUGAUCAGAUUGUGCAGGUUCUUGGGAACAAGCGAUCCAAGAGAUAUGCAAUGUUGGUGGAAGAUGGAGUUGUGAAGAAGAUCAAUGUAGAGCCUGAUGGCACCGGACUGACCUGCAGUCUGGCCUCCAACAUUCUGUCUGACUUGUAGGCUUAUGCUGAGCUUAUUAAACCAACUUACUCCCCCUGAGUUACUGUGAAAGUUGCACUAAUACAACCUGUCAGCAGACUGUUUAAGCUUUCUCUUUUUCCCAAAGAUGGAUGCAAUUGACUUGUGGAUGCUUGUGUCAAAGACAGAGCUGGAAGUUAAUCAAUGCGCACAAUUACAGUAUGGCAUGAAAUGCUAUCCCAAGUACAGUUCAUUAGUCUUUGUAUUCUGUUACUUAUGACUAAAUUAAGUCACUCUGAAAGCAAUAAACAUAACAUAACAUAAACAUUUUCCCUCUUU